AUGUCGACUGUGACGCGACGCCGACAACGACGCGUGUUCGCCCAGUACGCUGUUGUGAUGAUGGGACGGCAGCGUGUGUUCCGUGACCGCUUGAACCCUUUGGAGGAGUUCGACGAGGACGAACUGCAGGAGCGCUUUCGAUUCGGUCGCGCGGGCAUUGUGUUCCUCGCCAACACACUGCGCCCGGACGUGGAGCGGCCGACGCGUCGCAGCCGCGCCCUCUCUGCAGAGCAGCAGGUCAUUGUCGCCUUACAGUUCUACGCCACGGGGAGCUUCCUCAUCACCGCAGGGGACUACAUCCGUGUGCACGUCUCCACUGCUUCGCGGACUGUGAGGCGGGUGACUCAGGCCUUGGCACGUCGUGCCCGAGACUUCAUAGGGUGGCCAGGUGAAGCUGAGGGUCAUGCCUUACAACAGGCCUUCUUUGAGAUCGGUGGGUUUCCUUCGGUCGUGGGUGCUGUUGAUGGCACUCACAUUCGGAUACAGGCACCACAAGUGCAUGAGGAGGUGUACGUUAACCGCCAUCUGUACCAUUCAAUAAAUGUACAGUUAGUGGUUGAUUUCUUUUACCGUAUCCGCAAUGUGGUUGCAAAAUGGCCUGGAAGCACCCACGACUCUAGGAUAUUCACCGAGGGCUCGUUGUCAGGCAAGCUGGCCGAUGGCGUUUACGAGGGCCUACUGCUUGGAGACAGCGGCUACACCUGCAAGCCAUGGCUGAUGACGCCCUUCCUGUCUCCGUCAUCAGCAACGGAGGUCGCCUACAAUGCGUCACAUAGCACAACGAGGAGCAUCGUGGAACGGUAA